CCCCGCGUGCCCCCGCGCACACCUGUCAUAGCCAGCGCGCCCCCGGCCCGAACGCGCGCUGCCCACGCAGCUCCGGACGCGGGAGGCCCAGGCUGCGGAGUCCCUCCCGCCCUGCGGCGCCGGGCAGCCGCGUGGGUGGCCGGAGCGGUGGCAGGCGGCUGUGCGUUGGGGUCGCAGACAUGUUGCUGCUCAAGAAACAGACGGAGGACAUCAGCAGCGUCUAUGAGAUCCGCGAGAAGCUGGGCUCGGGUGCCUUCUCCGAGGUGGUGCUGGCCCAGGAGCGGGGCUCUUCGCACCUUGUGGCUCUGAAAUGCAUCUCCAAGAAGGCCCUUCGAGGCAAGGAGGCCCUGGUGGAGAAUGAGAUCGCGGUGCUCCGUAGGGUCAGCCACCCCAACAUCGUGGCUCUGGAGGACGUCCACGAGAGCCCCUCCCACCUCUACCUGGCCAUGGAGCUGGUGACUGGGGGCGAGCUGUUCGACCGCAUCAUGGAGCGUGGCUCCUACACGGAGAAGGAUGCCAGCCACCUGGUGGGCCAGGUCCUGGGCGCUGUCUCCUACCUGCACAGCUUGGGCAUCGUGCACCGCGACCUCAAGCCUGAAAACCUCCUCUAUGCCACGCCGUUCGAGGACUCCAAGAUCAUGGUCUCUGACUUCGGCCUGUCCAAGAUUCAGGCUGGCAACAUGCUGGGCACGGCCUGUGGGACCCCAGGAUAUGUGGCCCCGGAGCUCUUGGAGCAGAAACCCUACGGGAAGGCCGUAGAUGUGUGGGCCCUGGGUGUCAUCUCCUACAUCCUGCUGUGUGGCUACCCUCCCUUCUACGACGAGAGCGACCCCGAGCUCUUCAGCCAGAUCCUGAGGGCCAGCUACGAGUUUGACUCGCCCUUUUGGGAUGACAUCUCUGAAUCAGCCAAAGACUUCAUCCGGCACCUUCUGGAGCGAGACCCGCAGAAGAGGUUCACGUGCCAGCAGGCCUUGCAGCAUCUUUGGAUCUCUGGAGAUGCUGCCUUUGACAAAGACAUUCUGGGCUCGGUCAGCGAGCAGAUCCAGAAGAAUUUUGCCCGGAACCACUGGAAGCGAGCAUUCAAUGCCACCUCUUUCCUGCGCCACAUCCGGAAGCUGGGGCAGAGCCCGGAGGGGGAGGAGGGCUCAGAGCGGAGGAUGGCCCGCCACAGCCACCCCGGCCUCGGGGCCGGCCAGCCCUCCAACUGGUGAUGCCCAGAUGCUGAGGCUGAGUGCACUGACCCCCCGAUUCUCUUCCCAUGGAUCCUCUCAGUCCUCUCCCCCAUCCCCGCCCCCUGGGGCUGGCCUCUGGUUGGAGAGUUUGAGAUGUGCGUAGCACGUGGUACUCGGGUGGGAGGGGGGCACCCCUCAGGCUCUGCCCUUGCCGAGGGGCUGGCGGGGCAUGUCCGCAGGGGCUCCCCUCCCCUGUUGCUGCCACAACCCCUCUAGACGCUGACGAGGCUCCAGGGGCUCCUUCCUGCACGCUGUUCUGCGCUUCGCUGACUGUGGGUGGUCCCGCUUGUGUCGUGGCCUCCGGCUCCCCUCCGGUUUCCCCCAAAUCAAUAAAGACAGACAGAGCAAA